AUGGGUUUGGAGGCAACUAUGAUUGUUGUCGACAACAGCGAGAGCAGCAGAAACGGCGACUACGUACCUUCGAGAUGGGAUGCCCAAGCAGAUGCCGCCAACCUCAUCUUCCAAUACAAGACUCAAGCCAAUCCCGAAUCCUCAGUCGGCCUCAUGACCAUGGGAGGCAGCGGCCCUGAAGUCCUCACCACCCUCACCACAAACCCUGGAAAGGUCCUCGAUGGUCUGCAUCGCACAAAGAUCCGUGGAGAGAGCCAUCUUCACACCGCCAUCAUGAUCGCCUCCCUCGCACUCAAGCACCGUCAAAACAAGAGCCAACGUCAACGUAUCAUCGUCCUCACCUGCUCGCCGCUAAACUCCGCUCAAGAAUCCCAAUCAUCUCUGGUCAAGCUGGCAAAGCGCAUGAAGAAGAACAACGUCAGCAUCGACAUUGUCGCCUUCGGCGAUCUCAGCGACGAUGUCACUACCAAGCUUCAAGCUUUCAACGAUGCCGUCAAGGGUGGUGACGGCUCAUACCUCGAAAUCGUCCAACCCGGCCCUAACCUUCUGUCCGACACCAUCGUUGCAUCGCCAAUUCUGGCUGGAGAGACUGGUGGCAUGGGAGGUAGUCCAUCUGGCGGCGAGGGAGGUGCCCCAGCAUCUGGCGGUGGUGACUUCGAGUUCGGUGUCGACCCCUCAAUGGACCCGGAACUGGCACUGGCUUUGCGUAUGAGUAUGGAGGAGGAGACUGCUCGUCAGGCACGCGAGACAAAGACCACAGAAGGAGCCGAUGGCAAGACACAGCUCGAAAGCGUACCGGAGACCUCUGAGAGCCAGCCCCUGCUUGACCAGAGCGGCCAGCCCAGUGGUAGCGGCGAGUCAAAAGACAAGAAGAAGGAUGGCGAUGAUGACAAGAUGGACACUGCAUGA